CGGUACGCUGAGGCUCGGGCAGGCGGGGCCGGAGCCUAGGGGCGGGGACCGGCCUGUCCAGAGGGGACUGCCGGAUCGGCGGUGCGCUGGUUCGGCUAGUGGAGCCGUGGAAGUCGAGUUUUAUGACGGUGCGGGCGCCCCUCCACGCCCAGCUCGGUCCCGGGCCGCGGCAGCCGGGGAGGUGUGGAAAUCGGUUGCCCCGUGGGCGUCUACAGAGGAGGGAAGGCGGGGGACGGCCUGCUCCCUCCCACUUGCGGGUUCCUAGGCCAGUUCGCCCCGCGCAGCCCUCGGGAACUUGUUAACCGGAAAGCUUGGCACAGAAACAAAUGCCAACGUUUUGGAAGAACUGAGAGUCACGUCGUUAGGCGUUGAGGCUUUAUUUUCCUUCCCCGCCCCCUGCCCAACCUCGGCCCGACUUGGCCAAAGAAGGAUGUGUCACCAGCUCGGGGCCUGGGGCGGGAUCCCUGGCCCGGCCGGAGCGGGAUUACCUGAAACAAAGAGCCAUCUUUCAUCGUGUUUUUCCAGAAGAGAAAGUGAAGGAAGUGCCUUGACCAACUUACUCAGUUGGUGAGUGCAGAAGCUGAAGCUGGGACAGGAGCUCCUGACUGCCCUCCUGGUGCUUUUCCCCUAAGCCACAUUUCCUGUUUCUCCACUGGAAUAAAAUAAAAGUUUCUUCUCAUUCUCAGAAAAAAAAUGGAUCAUUUAAACCUUUGGAGGACUCAGUUAACACAAAUCUUCUAUACUACCAACUAAGGUUUAUGACAAUAAACUUCUGUCAUAGAAUUGCUGAAGAACUAAAAGAAGAUAUUUUUUAUAAAACUUUUAUAGUAUCAUGAUAUUACUAAAUAAAACUAAAAAGCACAAUUAUUAAAUUAUUAGACUUGCUACUAUAAGCACACAUGUGCAACAGCUACUGAUCCUGACAGCUACCGAACCUCAAAUUUAGAAGAUUUCUGUUUGUGGGAGAGGUUUGUAUAUAUUACAAGAAACCACUGAAUAUUGUCAAACAUAUUUUCAGCUGAUUGUCAUUUAGGAAAAUUUACUUGAAACAAGUUCUAGAAAAUUCCAAGUAAUCCCACCACUAAGUGGAUUUGAUAUUAUGGCAGCAACUUACAGACUUGUGGUUAGUACUGUGAACCACUACAACAGUGUGGUGAUAGACCGGCGUUUUGAGCAAGCUAUUCAUUAUUGCACUGGAACCUGCCACACCUUUGCACAUGGAGUUGACUGCAUUGUGAUACAUCAUAGUGUUUGUGCAGAUCUCUUACACAUCCCUGUGUCUCAGUUCAAAGAUGCAGAUCUGGACUCCAUGUUUCUAUCCCAUGAAAAUGGGUUUUCAUCAGCUGAAAGUGACUAUCCCCAUCAGGCCCUCACAGGCAUACCCAGGGUCAAGAAAGGAUCUACGUUUCAGAAUACCUGUAACCUAAAGGAUAUUGCAGGAGAAGCAAUCAGUUUUGCUAGUGGGAAAAUAAAAGAAUUUUCCCUUGAAAAACUCAAAAACUCUAACCAUGCAGCUUACAGAAAGGGAAGGAAAGUUAAGUCUGACUCAUUUAAUAGGAGGUCAGUUGAUUUUGACUUGCUCUGUGGCCAUUACAACAAUGAUGGAAACUCCUCAUCCUUCGGUUUACUCCGGAGUUCCUCAGUUGAGGAAAAGUCUUUGUCCCAUAGAAAUUCACUCGAUGUGAACCUGACUUCAUUGUUUCUUCACAACUUCUCUGAAGAAGACCUGGUUACUCAGAUUUUGGAAAAACAUAAAAUAGAUAAUUUUUCUUCUGGAACAGACAUAAAGAUGUGCUUGGACAUAUUGCUGAAAUGCUCAGAGGAUUUGAAAAAAUGCACAGACAUUAUAAAACAAUGUAUAAAGAAAAAGUCAGGGAGUAGCAUCAAUGAAGGAAAUGGUAAUGAUGGAGUUUCUAGCUCUGAAACUGUCUAUAUGAAUGUAAUGACCAGGUUAGCAUCCUAUCUGAAAAAGCUACCAUUUGAACUCAUGCAGUCUGGGAACAAUGAGGCUAUAGAUUUAACAGAAUAUGUUAAUAUGCCUAGUUUACAGCUGACUCCCUUCUCCCCAAUAUUUGGCACUGAGCAGCCCCCUAAAUAUGAAGAUGUUGUCCAGCUCUCAGCCCCUGACCCUGGACAUUUUCAAACGAUAGAAUUGCAAGAUGACAAGCAUCAUUCUAGGAAAAUAGACACUGUGAAAUCCAUUCCAAACAACUCUACAAAUUCCACAUAUAACUUAGAGAUAAAUGAUCCCAGAACUCUAAAAGAUGUCCAGCUUCAAUCAAGGUCAUUAACCAUGAACACUUUAGGAAAUGUUCCUUCUGGUGAGUUAAUGGAAACCCUUUAUAUUGAAGAGGAGUCAGAUGGAAAGAAAGCAUUAGAUAAAAGACAGAGGACAGAGAAUGGACUCAGUCAGGAGUUGUUAAAGGUGAAUGAAGAUAGAGCAGAAUUUUCAGAUCAUGGUACUCAUCUUAAAAAAUGCCCUGCCUCAGUGCAAAAUGAAAUGGGUAAGGUAUUUGAGAAAACAGUUGUUGAUAUACCCAAGGAAGAUCUUAAGUCAAAAGUUCCCAAAGUGGAAGAGGAACACCACAGAGAUUUUAUGAAUUCUAACAGUAAGGAGGAGAUAGAUAAAUUGUUAAUGGAUUUGGAAUCUUUUUCACAGAAAAUGGAGACCUCUCUAAGAGAGCCACUUACCAAAGUUAAAAGUUCUGACUCUCUAAAUAGUCAGAGUCAGUUGACUGAUCAGGUCCCUGUAGAUCUUGAGCCUAAAUCUAAAGCCUCUUCACCCACGGAAAAAGUCUCACCUUCCUGUCUAACAAAGAUCAUUGAAACCAAUGGACACAAAAUUGAGGAAGAGGAUCGAGCCCUCUUACUACGGAUUUUAGAAAGCAUUGAAGACUUUGCUCAAGAACUAGUUGAAUGCAAAUCAGGCAGAGGGAGCCUAUCACAAGAAAAGGAAAUGAUGCAAAUUCUACAGGAAACCUUGACAUCAUCUUCCCAAGCCAAUUUAUCAGUCUGCAGAAGUCCUGUUGGUGAUAAAGCCAAAGAUACUACUUCAGUGGUUUUGAUUCAGCAGACUCCAGAGGUGAUCAAGGUUCAAAAUAAACCAGAAAAGAAACCUGGAACGCCACUGCCACCUCCAGCUGCCUUUCCCAGUAUUCCCCAACCUCUUUCCCCUGUUCCUCAUGUGAAUAAUGUUGUGAACACACCAUUGUCCGUAAACAUUCCACGGUUCUACUUUCCUGAAGGACUCCCAGAUGCUUGCAGUAACCAUGAACAGACUCUAAGUAGAAUUGAAGCUGCUUUCAUGGAUAUUGAAGAUCAGAAAGCAGAUAUUUAUGAAAUGGGAAAAAUUGCAAAGGUCUGUGGCUGUCCCCUCUAUUGGAAAGCCCCCAUAUUCAGGGCUGCAGGGGGAGAGAAGACAGGAUUUGUGUCAGCACAGUCAUUUACUGCCCUGUGGAGAAAGUUGCUGAAUAAUCAUCAUGAUGAUGCCUCUAAGUUUAUCCAUCUUCUCGCAAAGCCCAGCUGCAGCUAUCUGGAACAGGAGGAUUUUAUCCCUUUGCUUCAGGAUGUGGUGGAUACACACCCUGGCCUCACGUUUCUAAAAGAUGCUCCAGAAUUCCACUCCCGCUACAUCACCACGGUUAUUCAGAGAAUAUUCUACACAGUGAACAGAUCUUGGAGUGGAAAAAUUACUUCGGCAGAGAUAAGAAAAAGCAACUUUUUGCAAACUCUAGCCCUUUUGGAAGAAGAGGAAGAUAUAAACCAAAUCACAGACUACUUUUCCUAUGAACAUUUUUAUGUUAUUUAUUGUAAAUUCUGGGAACUAGAUAGUGAUCAUGACCUCUACAUCAGCCAGGCCGAUCUAUCGAGAUACAAUGACCAGGCUUCAUCCAACAGAAUUAUUGAAAGGAUAUUCUCUGGGGCAGUAACAAGGGGAAAAACAGUACAGAGAGAUGGAAAAAUGAGCUAUGCAGAUUUUGUUUGGUUUUUGAUAUCUGAGGAAGAUAAAAGGAACCCCACCAGCAUUGAGUAUUGGUUCCGCUGCAUGGACGUGGAUGGGGACGGUGUGCUGUCCAUGUACGAGCUGGAGUACUUCUACGAGGAGCAGUGUGAACGGAUGGAGGCCAUGGGCAUUGAGCCCUUGCCAUUCCAUGAUUUGCUGUGCCAGAUGCUUGACCUGGUGAAGCCAGCCAGUGAUGGCAAAAUAACUCUACGAGAUCUGAAGAGAUGCAGAAUGGCUCACAUCUUUUAUGACACUUUCUUUAAUCUGGAGAAAUACUUAGACCAUGAACAGAGAGAUCCCUUUGCAAUCCAGAAGGAUGUGGAGAAUGACAUGCCUGAGCCCUCCGACUGGGACAGGUUUGCUGCUGAGGAGUACGAGACUCUUGUAGCAGAGGAGUCUGCCCAAGCACAGUUCCAGGAAGGUUCUUUUGAAGAUUAUGAAACAGAGGAACCUGCCCCUCCCUCUGAAAUUGGAAACAAAGGCAAUAAAAUAGUAACCUCAAGCCUUUCAGAGAAAUGUGGAAAGCUUCAGUCAGUGGAUGAAGAAUAGUUGCCGAUGUCUACAUGAAAAGGAGAUAACAUAUUUUAAAUGUUCUUUCCUGUGAAGAGAUCUCCUAAUUUGCAUACAGCUUUUUAAAGGCUUUGAUUUCUGCAAGUGUCUAUCUGCACUAGGAAAUUGACUACAUUUUUAAGCAAUAGGUCUGGAUAUAUAUACUCAAUUUGGGAGACUCUUCCAGUUUUCCUCAAACCUCUUACAGAGCUUUUCCUCGGACGCAAAUACAAUGAUACACAUCACCUUCCAAAGUCUGUGAACCAGCACUCUUCACCCUUGAAUGUACCAAGGUCUCUUGGGGACAGUGUCAAGCACAGUUCUCUGCACAAAAACAGGAGUUGCCUCUGUUGUCCAGCAUCCCUGAGGCCCCUCUAAUGGAGCCCAGAAGAAAACUUCACUUGCAGAAAACUUGAGUUAAAAAUUUCUGGAACUUGAAAAAGCAUUUAAGGGCCUCCAGAACUGAAUUAGCCCUGGUAAUAAAAGCACUGCCAAAACAUCUCAGAGACUUCUUUUAAUUAUGUGUGUACUGGAGUUCAAAGAUCUUGAACUUACUUGGUUUAAUGUAUUAUUUCACAAUGACCUGCCAAACUGCUAGUCACUUUACAUCCUCAGGUAUUGUAACCACUGGGCCUUCCAACCUUACUGGCAAGCUCUGAAUAAUCUCCUUCUCACCCUGUGGAUCUUAUAUAAAACCUAAAGAAAAAAAUUGUUAAAUGAAAACAAGUAUGGAAUUUGACUCACUUGAAAAAAAAAUGUAACUUACCUACUAUUUGUAGAAAACUAUUGAGUAUCUUACUAGUCUCUAUUUAGCUGAUACCCCAUCUACACUUAUCAAAAGGCCUGCUCAAAGACAAAUGAUAUAUAAAAAAUCUUACUAGACAUAUUCAUCACUUAAUAUCAAGCUAACCCAAUGUAAAGGCCUCACUCUAAACGUUACUCCUUCAUGUUGACACUACUACCACAAAUAUUCCCUCCACCUCAGUAUCACAAAAGUAGAAGAGUAAUACCACCCAUAAAAGAAAGUUAUUUCAUGUUUACCAUAGUGGUAGAUGUGUUCAUUGUGGACAUCUAUGUUGAUUCAGCAAGUCACAAUAUAGCCAAAUUCUGCAAUAACCUUGAAAAUAAAAUUGAACUAUAGAAAGGAUGGAAAUUCCUGAUAAUAUAAUAGAAACCCCCCAAGAAACUUUUUAACAUUCAUCUCUGAAUCUUAAAAUCAACUCUCCCUCUGCCCCAGAACUCCCCCCAUCUCCCCACCCCAGAACUUUUUUUAAGGAGAAGUCCUAAAUGUCAGAAUAGCUUCCUUUCCCACCCCACUUUGGUUCCCAUACUAGUGUGAAGGCCAAAUAAUGAAAUAAACCUUUGAGCUGUGGUUAGCAAAAAGUGGAGAAAAGGAGAAUUUAGGAAAUGCACUAUCAACUGGUACAGUAAUAGUUAGCAAUCCUUGUCAGUAUCCUCCAUUUCCUGUUGUUUUAUCUCCAUGAUCAGAACUGACCUUCCAUUUAACUGUUAGAAAAAAUGAUAGCUAGUCAAACUUAACCUCUAAUAGUUCACAAAGAACUAAAACUUAAAAGUGACUAGAUUUGAAGGAAACACUAUAUGCUAUAAGCUCAAUACACUGGUAAAUUUAUAGGAUUAAAAAUAUUUAUGUGAUACAUGAAAUUUACCAUCUACCCAUCCAACCUUUACCAGGAAAGGAAAGCAAUUAUUUUUUUCAUAUAGAAAAAUACUUUAAAAAGUGUUUUUUAAGAAGCCAUAUAUGGUUUAAGGCUUUUAUUAUCUAUAAUGAUGUAAACUAUUUCUAAGACUCAGAAAAAUGUUUAAAAAAAAAAACCCUGAAUCUCAAAUAUACAUUUAAUUUUUUUAACUUGGUUUUACAUUUUUACCUUCUUACUAAGUCCCUCUCUUCUUUUCACUUUGGUCAAUAUUUGGUUUCAACAUUCUGUAAUACAAAAGCAAUCUACCAAUACCACUCCAUUUAAAAUAAGGCUUUUUAAUUUAGGUUACCCAAAGUAUAUUUUCAGACAUAAGAAUGUGUUUCACUUUAAUCCUUUCUUAGAGCUGAAUGCAAGAAAUGUGAAUUCUGAGGAACUAAGAUAGUAUAUAUUUGACUUCCUGGUAAAGAUCAUGCUGCAUAUAAUUAUUACUGCCCAACUGGAAAUUUCAAGUUGUUCUAAUAUCCCAAGCUCCCUGAUAAAAGUUUAAAUUGAGGUUUAUUGUGAUCUUAAUAGUAGUCAAUAAAUAAUGAGUUUCAUAGCCUAACAUUAAUUGCAAAGUAAUCAAAUUCUGUGUAUUUUCCCUGCAUCUUAUCUAUGUCAUUGUGUACUGUUCAAAGUGUUUAUAAAACUCUAAAUUAAUUAAAUAUGUCAUUUGUCAACUUUUGAAAAUGUUAAGGUGUGUUUUGGUGGAGAAGCCUGCAUGAUUUAACUUUCAUUGUUUUACCCUUUCUCCAAAACUAAAUAAAGACAAGUUGUCAAAUAUGAA